AUGAAACCAAGCCCAGAUCCCCGGGGGAUAAAAGGGGCACCCCUAUUCCCUUUCCUCAGAGAUCUGCAGAGUCUCUCUGGCUGUGCAGGGCCCUUCUCUGCUGCCACGAUGAACCGGACGCUCAGCAUGAGGGCAGGAGGUGGAGGCCGAUCCUACAGCGCUGCCUCGGCCAUAAUUCCAAGCAGCAACAGGGCUGGCUUUAGCUCUGUGUCUGUGGCACGAUCAGGAGGAGGAGGAGGUGGCUUUGGGAGGCUCAUUGGAGGAGGUGGUGGCGGCAGUUCUGGUGGUGGUGGAGGUUUUGGCAGCAGGAGCCUCUACAACCUUGGUGGUAGCAAGAGGAUUUCCAUCGGGGUUGGAAGCAGCUUCCGAGCUGCUUUUGGAAGUGGAGCUGGCCUGGGAGGUGGCGGCGGAGUGGGUGGCUGUGGGCUUGGCAGUGGUGGAGCUGGUGGUGGGCUUGGGCUGGGGCUUGGUGGUGGAGGUGGCGGAUUUGGCUUUGGUGGAGGUGCUGGUGGGCUUGGCUAUGGUGGUGGUCUUGGAGGUAGUGGAGGGUUUGGCUUUGGUGGACUGGGGGGGCUGGGAGGAUUCCCUGCGGCGCUGGGUGGUGGCAGGAACCCCACGGGAUUUUCUGGUGGCCCGUCUGGAGUGGGUACAAUCCAAGAAGUGACCGUAAACCAGAGUCUUCUGGCACCGCUGAACCUGGAGAUAGAUCCAAACAUCCAACAGGUGCGGAAAGAUGAGAAGGAGCAAAUCAAGACCCUCAACAACAAAUUUGCUUCUUUCAUCGACAAGGUUCGCUUCCUGGAGCAGCAGAACAAGGUGCUGGAGACCAAAUGGACCCUUCUGCAGGAGCAGGGCCAGAAAAACAAUUCUGGCAAGAGCAACCUGGACCCGCUGUUCGAGGCCUACAUCAACAACCUGCGGCGGCAGUUGGCCAACCUGCUCAACGAGCGGGGACGCAUGGAUGGGGAGCUGAAGAGCAUGCAGGACCUCGUGGAGGACUUCAAAAACAAGUAUGAAGAGGAAAUCAACCGGCGCACAGCAGCAGAGAACGAAUUUGUGGUGCUCAAGAAGGACGUGGAUGCUGCUUACAUGAACAAGGUGGAGCUGGAGGCCAAGGUGGAUGCCCUGAGUGAUGAACUCAACUUCCUUCGAGCCCUCUACGAGGCGGAGCUGGCCCAGCUCAGCGCUCAAGUGUCCGACACCGCCGUCAUCCUGUCCAUGGACAACAACCGGGAGCUGGACCUGAGCAGUAUCAUUGCCGAAGUCAAAGCUCAGUACGAGGACAUCGCCAACCGGAGCCGUGCCGAGGCCGAGGCUUGGUACCAAACCAAGUUUGAGGAGCUGCAGGCCACGGCUGGGAAACACGGUGAUGACCUGCGCAACACGAAGGGUGAAAUCUCAGAGCUCAACCGGCUCAUCCAGAGGAUCCGCUCCGAGAUAGAGAACACAAGGAACCAGUGUGCAACCCUGCAGACGGCCAUCGGAGACUCUGAGGAGCGCGGGGAGAUGGCCCUCAAGGACGCCAAGGCAAAGAUGAUUGACCUGGAAGAUGCUCUACAGAAAGCCAAGGCUGACAUGGCCCGGCAGCUGCGGGAAUACCAGGAGCUCAUGAACGUCAAGCUGGCCCUGGACAUCGAGAUCGCGACCUACAGGAAGCUGCUGGAGGGCGAGGAGAGCAGGCUCAGUGGGGAGGGACUGAACCCCAUCAGCUACUCAGUCAUCAGCUCCAGCUCUGGCAUUGCUGGAGGAGCUGGCUUAGGAGGAGGAUUUGGUGGACUGAGCCUGAGUGGAGGAGGCAGCGGAAGUGGUUUUGGCCUUGGAGGAGGUGGUGGAAGCAGCUUUGGUCUUGGAGGAGGUGUUGGAAAUGGUUUUGGCCUUGGAGGAGGCGGUGGGAGCAGUUUCAGUCUUGGAGCUGGCGGUGGAGGAGGAGGAGGAGGAAGCUACAGUUUUGGAAGCGGAGGAGGACUUGGACUCGGGGCUGGAGGUGGUCUUGGAGGUGGAUUUGGAGGAGGGAGUGGUCUGGGCACUGCUGGCAGCUACAGCCAUGCCGGAGGCGGCAGCAGCACCCUGAGCACCAGCGGAGGGAAUUUCAGCUCUGGAAGUGCAAAAGUCAACCCAGGUGUGAAAAUCGUCUCCAAAACCUCCUCCAGCAAAAAGAGCAUAAAAAGCCAAAGCCUGAAGAAUGCCACAGAGCCAGAGUAA